AUGAGUUUAACAAGAUUCGUCUUGAAACUAAACUAUCGCGACGAGUGCGUCCGAAGUGAGCAGUCUAUGGGUACCGGACUGGACCUUAUUCGUAUCUUCUCAGGGGCCGGAGCUCGUGAUAGCUUCGCAGUGGAUGCUGGUGUGCACCUAGGCAUCGAGUGCGACUGCUGUGAAGAGCUGCCUAUUGUCGGCCCAAGGUACCGUUGUGCGGUAUGUGCUGACUUUGACUUAUGCGCCACUUGCUAUAAGAAGCCCACGAACAAGCAGCACAGGACUGACCAUUGCUUUACCCUUAUAGCUAAGCCGGUGACUCUGUGGAGUGUCAAGACUAGGGAGCCUAGGGGCGUCCCACUGGGAGACCUGCCUUGCGAGAUGUGUCACAAUAGGGGACAGGGAGGUGCCAGGUACACUCUUCGUUCCUUGUUCGCUACUCCAAUGAGGGACGCACACUUCUGCACGGAGUGUUAUAAGGCGAUGCUGGAGAAGGAGGCAAGAAUCCUUCGUAGUGCGAGCGACAUACGUGGGGCGAGUUGGUCGGAGCAGUCCUCGGACGUGCUCCGUGAGAUCAUGCAAGCGGUGAGCGAGAGAGAACGAGAGCCUUAUGAGUCGAUGUGGGCAGAGGAACCUCCCAGAGAGCCUCAGGUCCAUGACAGAUUCCUUGCUGUAAGGCUAGAGUAG